GCAUGCUAGAUUAGUGAUAGUCUUACAAUUGGAAAUAUGACUGCAGUAGUUAGAUUAUUAUAAUUAUUUUUUUUAUGUGAAGAGAAUUGCAUGGUCUGUAUUCUAAAGAAAUAUUUUAGAUGGCAUUCAAUCGUAGAGCUUAUUUAUCUGUUAAUCGAGACCUCACUUUUAUAUACCAGAUGGGUUUGGGAAGAGGGUUAAUAAAAUGUAGAAGUCAGUUGCUUUUAAUAUCUUUUUUUAAAUAAUUACAUUGCUCAUACUUAAUUAUCGUUUUAAGUGAGUCUUUUUCCUUCAUUUUUCACAAGUUUGAUAUAGAAAAUUUCAGUAGCUUAAUUUCCUCUCGUUUUUUUCUUGGGUACGCAUUCUUUAUUCUUUGAGUUUGAGUUUAGAUGGUUUUUUUAAAAGCUUUUGAAAUUUUAAGACAUGUCUGUUCUAAUGCUUUUUCUUGUGGUGUAUGCUUGCAAGCAGCUGCCUCCAGCACAAUUGGAGAAUGCAUUAAAUAGAAUUUCAGCCUUGAAGGCACCAUUGAUUGCACAUGCUAGCCAGCCAGAUAUACAAUCCAAACUUCCGAGGGCUAUGCUAGUUGUUCUUGGAAUUGCAUCCGAUUCUCAAGUCUCAUCAAGUCAAGCACAAACUACUCAGACACAGAUUACUCAGACACAGAUUACUCAGACACAAACUAGUCAGACACAGACUACUCAGACACAAACUAGUCAGACACAGACUACUCAGACACAAACUAGUCAAACACAUACUACUCAGACACAAACUAGUCAAACACAGACUGGUGAGACAAGCAACUCAGACAAGGACACAGUAACAGAGAAAUCUAAAGAAUCAUCUACCGCGAGCUAAAAUAUAAGCAACCAUGAUGAUGUGGUGGAAUUUACUAUUCAACUGCGAGUCUCAGGUUGAAUUAGCCUAGACCUGACCGAGACUAACCGCAAUCAGCUCUGACCGACAGAGGAAUAAGGAGCUAAUACUGAUAAUUCAACACAUUCAGAUAGCUAAAUAGUUGGGCUGUGCUCAGGGUUUUUGUGCCCUUCACUGUACCUUGGCAUUAGGCAACAACCCAGCCUGUACAUGUAUAUAGAUGGAAUAAUGUGUAUUGGAAUGGAAUGGUUCCUAUUUUGGCCCCAAUUUUAUUUUAUUUACUGUUUGAACAUAAUGUGUUCCUAUUAAAAUGUGUAUAUACACGUUGAUUUUCCCCAGUGGAAACUAUUUUAGCGUUUGUCUUGCGCAUCUGUAUCUCUGAUUAAGACAAGGAUCAGAGAAUCUUUACACAUACUCUACUUUUUUAGAUUUGCUUUUUAAAUUGUGUUGAGUUACUUCGAUCUCUAAUUUAUU